AUGACCGGUCGCCCCACACACAUGACGCUCACCACCACAACGGCCCACGGCACAGCCCUUAGCGGCUUCCCGCAGAUGCCGCCAUCGCCCAUGGUCGAUGCGACCAUGUCUGCCUCGCCAAGCGACCACAUCGGCUUCCACCCGCCCAUGCACUCGCCGGCGGCGCCCUCCCUGUACAGCCACUACCACCCCCUCAGCGGCGGCGGUGCCCGCAGCGCGCGCAGCGACAGCGCCCACAGCACCUACAGCGCGACAGACGCUAACGGCAGCCCGGCCGACGCCUGCAGCAUUAUGCGCCACACUUCGCGCAACAACUUUGGUGGAUCGUGGUUGGAUAUUGGGUCCGACAACGAGGACGACUAUGGCGGAAGCAGCUCGGGCGGGCGGCGCACGCACAUGCGGCGCAAGAGCUCAGGUGCCAGCACCAGCGGACGCGUGUCGCUGGCGAACAUCAAGGAGAUGACGCGCAGGAGCUCGAUGCAUUUCCGCAGGCUGACCAUCAAGAUGGGCGUUGGGUCUUCUGCGCACAACUGA